AUGUCAUCUGCAAACUUUCACGUCCCGUCUCCUGUACGACAAUCUUCACGCCGCACGGAGAGCAGAGGGCAGCAGAGACGUCGGCAUCGUGAGCGAGCUGAGCCUCCUCCGUACAACCCGACUCCUGCUCUAAUCGCACGGUCGCCACCCCCAAUCGAUCAGCACGACGUCGCGCAAACUGGUUCGUCAAGUCAAUCUGCACCGGCAGCACGUCACGUCCGGUAGUGUCGACCAGUGCGCCAAUUCCGCUGUUAGGGGCCCCGCCAGCGUGUCACGGCUUGCCGACACUGGGCUUCACUCCACGUCGUUCCGCGGCCUUCCGCGACAUUCUAUGAACCCGAUUUAAACUGAGGCGCAGGCUUCUCCAUUCUUCUCCCUCCUGCUCUUCACACCUUACCCAUCGCACCUGAUCCCAUCGCCACCUCGAGCUCGCGACGUCCGAAGCGGUCGUCGUGGAAGCUCUGCAACGAAUACGGGAUCAAGAAAUGCCUGCCGCAACAUAGCUACGAAUUCGAGUAAGUAACUUCAUGAACUGUGCUCUUCGGUGUGGGAUUGUUCAGGAGCUAAUGGAGAACUACCAAGCAGCAAUUUCCUUCAACACGUCCUCUUUGAAUGUCAACCCUCGAGUUGUUUCUUCACCGUCAGCUGGUGAUACGGCAUGCGUGAGUUAUCCCUUGACAUGGCUGUCAGUCUUAGAUAUGACGGAAAAAUUGAUACGAAGAACAGACAUUGAACGUCAGUGACACAGCGGAAGGAUUGACUUCGUACGGUUGAGAAUCCGGGUCAUUGGGACACUAAAUGUGAGUCUUCACUGCCAUUGCUACAGAUGGACAACAGCAAUAAUGCUGAUAGUUGUAACGAAUCACGCCAGAAAACAGCCUCUGGUCGGGUGAAUUGCGGCUCACCAUCCCGUGGCAGAUCCUCAACGGCUCGGUUCGGUUCUUGGCAGGUGUGUGCCAAUCUUUCAAAAGCAAAACGCAGGGCAGCAUUACUAACUGACCGGUUGGACUGUAACAUCACAGGAAAUCCGAAGCAAUGCCUUUCCGUUAUUCCAUGGCUCGGUUCGGUGGAGUGACCGUCGUGUUGGCAGGUGUGUGCCAAUCUUUCAAAAACCGCAGGGCAGCAGGACUAACUGACCGGUUGGACUGUAACAUCACAGGAAAUCCGAAGCAAUGCCUUCCCGUUAUUCCAUGGCUCGGUUCGGUCAUGGCUCGGUUCGGUCAUGGCUCGGUUCGGUCAUGGCUCGGUUCGGUCAUGGCUCGGUUCGGUCAUGGCUCGGUUCGGUCAUGGCUCGGUUCGGUCAUGGCUCGGUUCGGUCAUGGCUCGGUUCGGUGGAGUGACCGUCGUGUUGGCAGGUGUGUGCCAAUCUUUCAAAAGCAAAGCGCAGGGCGGCAUGACUAACUGACCGGUUGGACUGUAACAUCACAGGAAAUCCGAAGCAAUGCCUUCCCGUUAUUCCAUGGCUCGGUUCGGUGGAGUGACCGUCGUGUUGGCAGGUGUGUGCCAAUCUUUCAAAAGCAAAGCGCAGGGCGGUGUGACUAACUGAUUGAUUGAACUGUAACAUCACAGGGGUUCCGAAGCGAUGCCUUCCCGUUAUUCCACGUCAUCGCCUGCACAAAUCGUCGACGCUUGCAUCAUGAAUGGCGACUUCUGGGGGGAUCUCUCUGUAAGUAGUAGUCCUUGCCUGACUUUUAGACCUAUACUAACAACAGCCCACGUUGCGAGCGCAGACAGACAUGCGUCUUCUGGCCGCUGCAGACCGCAUGACCGAAACGGAACGGGCAAAGGCAAUACGUCGAUAG